UGUGUUUGUUAUGUUUGUGGAGUAAUUAUGCGGAGAAUUGGUAGACAAGCGCAAAUACCCACAAUUUCGCCAACUUCAGGGACUCGUUUAUUUCAAUGAAGAGAUACAGUCGCGAAACAAAAGCUGCGUCAUCUGUCACACGUGACUCCCUCACAUGCUAAGUUGCACGAACUCUCCAGGCCUAUCAUAAUUCAAAAUUCUCCUGCACAAUGACGAAUCCAUUUACCCGGCUUUAGUCUGAUACCGGGCGCACUGCCUAGGAUGAAUUUUUUAGAAUUGCAAGUUUCCGCAACAUGAAAAGAUAUCGAAUCAGUCAUCUGAGCGCCGACCAAACGAAUUUAUUCUUCAGAAACUUCACAAAGUACACUUUCACGAGAGUCACUUAGUGCCAAGGACGAUCUGCGAUGGCGAGUCGGAGAUCGCGAGUCGGUGCGCCCGCUCUCACGAGGACGCAAGCGUUACGUCAGGCGAGAAGCGCUGCUCUAGUGAAGGAAUAUGAACAGAAGAGGGAAACAAGGCCGCAGCAAGUGGCAGAACCUGUCACUAGGCGCAGGCAUGUUGUCGCCGAGCAGAAGAAGGUCGAUUUCAGCAGGCCGACCAUGACGAAGGCGAUGAUGGCGCGGGUAAAGCACGCGGAGAAGUUCAAGCAGGAGUACGAGCGUAAGCGGGAGGAGGCGGUACCCGCGCGUAGAAUACCGAGAAGAACAGUCGCUCCGAUCGGCGGUGAUGUCAGAUUCGGUACAGAAAGAGUCGCGAGGCGCGCCCCGACCCCAUCGCCGUCGACAUCGCCUUUCAGAGCGCCGAGAAGGCUCACGCCGUCGCCGGCCAGAAGAAUAGCGGAAUUGCCGUCCAUACCGGAGAGGACCAGGGAACUGGCGAGGUCCAUGAACGCUCAAGUGAUCCAAGCUGAGCCGGUUGGCGAAGGUCCGAUCGACAGUAUCGUAAUACCGCCGCGGGUGGUGGAUGAAAAUCGCACCACGAUUGUCAGCAUCCCCCAACCGCCCGUAAGAGCCGCCGAGGCGGUGUCCGAAGUGGCUAACCGCUCGAUCCAGGUGAUCAGCGAGACCCUCGACGAGCAAGAUGCGGCGGAAUCUGCUACGGUACAGGGCAAGUUGGAGGAUUUGCAGCAGGCGAGGCGCGACUUUGUGAUGGCCGUAGCGAAUGUCGGUGGUAACGCCGUGCAGCUCGGGGAUGAAGAGAGACCUACACAGAGGUAUAUACACAGAGUCCCCGAUAUCGAGGGAGAGAUGUUCCGUGUCGAGUACGGCAGAGAUCAUCCGAGCGUCGUAGCGGCACGCGAAUUCGCUCAGCGAAGUAUGGCCGGUGUAAGGGAGAGAGAGGCGGCUCGCAAAGUCGAAGAGGAGUUCACAAGAUUAGCUAGGCAACCUUUGCCGGAGGACUUGCGCUUCGACAUGCCCUUCGAGGAGGAUUUCCUCCAGGAGGACUUACCGUGGGAAGAGGCCGAGGAGUUCGAUCUAUCGCGUCCUACCAAGAUAACGGAUAUACCGGUGCGCGAAGAGUCUUACGAUUAUCCUACCUUCGACCCGGAGCAGCUCGAGAGAUUCUUCGACGUGGAACGGUACCCGCCUAGCCCACGUAUCAGGCCACCACCCGGUCGUGAGCAUCUACAUCCGGAUCUGUGGGAACUGGAGGAUCCUUGGGCCGCGUGUGAGCAGUGUUCGCGGCCAGACGUAUCCGAUCUCAUCCGCUUCGACAGUCCUUGAUCAUUCAUCCUUUAACUUAGUCAUGUUUCCGAGAUGCAGAAUGUUGAAGAAAAGAGACUCGAUCUCAUUCGAGCACGACAAGCAGAAACCGACUACGAGCAAUUUUGUGAAAAAACGAACAAAGGAAAAAUUAUUCAAUAAAGCCAGAAGAGUAAGGACC